UGCAGAAUUACUACUCGAAGUUUGAUAAUUGAGAGGACUUUAUCAUCAUGUUCGGAAAGCAGACGACGGCUGGGGGAUCGACUGGAACCCCCAGUCUCUUUGGCACCACAGCCCCUACAGCAGGAGGGUUUUCCUUUGGUGGGGCACCAGCAGCAGCAGGGACGGCAGCACCCAGUGGAGGGUUUUCGUUUGGCCAGACACCAGCCAGCAAGCCUGCUGCAGCACCAGGGGGCUUCGGCUUUGGCUCCACCCCCUCCCAGCCAGCCCAGCCACAGGCGACAUCCUCCUUCUCCUUCGGAAACAAUGCAACAGCAGCCCAUGCCACCAAGCCGGCCACAUCAGGAUUUCAAUUCGGUGGGACUACUCCGGCAUCCGCACCGCCUCAGCAACCAGCAACUGGAUUUUCAUUAGCCCCCGCCACCAAGCCGGCCACAUCGGGAUUUCAAUUUGGUGGGACUACUCCGGCACCCGCACCGUCUCAGCAACCAGCAACUGGAUUUUCAUUAGGGGGCGGGGCCGCUGGAGGAUUCAAAUUUGCGGAAACCCCCAAACAGCCAACAGCUCCCACAGCACCUACAGCCACAGCUGGGGGAGGUUUCUCCUUCGGUGCCACCCCCUCUGGAACCAGUGCAGCUGCUCCUGUUGCAUCAGCUGCCCCUAAUGUUGCAAAGCCUGGGUUCUCACUGGGAGGGCUCUUGGCUCCUGGAACAGCCUCUACAGCUGCCACACCUCAACCCAGUCAGACGGCCACUUCCACUCCUGCAUCGGGGGGUUUAGCUGGUGGUCUUGGCGGAGGGAUCAAACUGGGAGGAUUAUUUGGAGCCCCAGCAUCAACAGCACAAAGCGCAGCAUCCGCUGGUCUGAAAUUAGGCACGUUGACAACCUCAGCUCCAGCAGGUGGUUUGACAUUAGGUACAAGCGCAACCUCCACCCCAGGAUUAGGAGGUGGUCUAAAGCUAGGAGGUCUUGGAACUAAGCCAUUGGGAACAGGUCUAACUCUUGGCACACCUGCAUCAAGUGCAACAGCCAGUUCCUCAUCUAGUCUUGGUCUGUUGGGUGCCAAACCCACGACUACAACAGGAAUUGGACUCGGUGCGCUUGGAGCCAAACCUACUGCUACCACUGCGGCUGCUGGUCCAGCUGAGACGAUGUCUUACCGGGAACUUGAAGAAUGCAUCAAUAAAUGGACAGUGGAAUUGGAGGAGCAGGAGAAGAGCUUCCUUCACCAAGCUGCUCAGGUCAACGCUUGGGAUAGAACGCUGGUCAUUAAUGGAGAAAAGAUCACAUCACUCCAUAAUGAUCUUGAAAAGGUGAAAUCAGAUCAGCAAAGACUAGAGCACGAAUGCGAUUACAUCGUAGCUCAGCAGAGAGAACUUGAAGACAUUCUUGUCCCUCUUGAAGAGGCUUGUAAGACACAGGAGGGCUCCCUCUACAGGCAACAUACAGAUAUAGAAAGGGAAAGAACGUAUCAGAUGUCAGAGAGCAUAGAUUCCCAGCUGAAGAGGAUGGUCCAAGAUUUAAAAGAAAUAAUUGAUCACAUGAACACAUCCAACACAUCUAUGGACCAGACAGAUCCUGUAAACCAAGUUGCCAAGAUCCUGAAUGCUCAUAUGAACUCGCUGCAAUGGAUUGACCAAAAUACAGGUCUUGUUCAGCGAAAGGUCGACGAGGUUACCAGACAGUAUGAGAUCAUCAAGAGAGACCAAGAGAGGAAUGUUCAUUUAGCGUUUGAAUGAUGCCUUAAUAUCCCUCCGACCAUUCCUCCUCUAGCUAUUGUAAGACAUGCUCCGGCUACUUGAACUCUAUGGCCCGUAUUCUGAAGUCAGGUUUAACUGAAACUCAGGUUUAAAGUUGUGGUUUAAGUAUGGGAAGCUAAAAGUAUCAAAUUUUUUUAUUCAGUUGUAUGUUUAUUAUGUUUACUAUGCUCUUUCCUGAUUCAUCGAUGGUGUAGACAAUGAUUUAUUCAUACUUCCUAGACAAUUAUGAAUGAUUUGAGGGCCAAAUGAGCUGAAUUAUGAUAUUUCAACUGUUAGUGAUUUAUGUAACAAUUGGCUGUCCAUACUUAAACCACAACUUUAAACCUGAGUUUAAGUUAAACCGACUUAAGAAUACGGGCCUAUGGCCCCUGAUACA